CGGAGGUCAGGAUGCGAGGGACCCCGAUGGACCCCGGUGACCCCAGUCUGUUAUUUGACGACACCAGCGCUGGAGGGAACAGACACGAGCACAGCGGUGUGGGACAAGGCCCUGAUGUGUAUCCGGGACAGGCUUUGCUCUCACACCCCAUGUCUAACCUCGCCAUGGCCUACGGCAGCAGCCUGGCCUCCCACGGCAAAGAGAUGAUGGACAAGAACCUGGAUCGGUUCGUCCCCAUCUCGAAGCUGAAGUACUAUUUUGCAGUAGACACUGUAUAUGUGGGCAAGAAGCUUGGACUGCUGGUGUUUCCGUACAUGCAUGACAACUGGGACGUGAGCUAUCAGCAGGACACUCCAGUCGCCCCGCGGUUUGAUGUCAACGCCCCCGAUCUCUACAUUCCCGUGAUGGGUUUCAUUACGUAUAUCCUGGUAGCAGGACUGGCUCUGGGCACACAGAACCGGUUUUCUCCAGAGAUCUUGGGCAUUCAGGCCAGCUCGGCGUUGGUGUGGCUCAUCAUUGAGGUUUUGGCUGUUCUUCUCAGUCUGUAUCUGGUAACGGUUCACACUGACCUCACCACCAUCGACCUGGUGGCCUUUUCUGGAUACAAAUACGUUGGGAUGUUUGUGGAAGUGUUAGCAGGACUUCUGUUCGGCCGGAUGGGAUAUUACCUCUCACUGCUCUGGUGCUGCGUCUCUACUUUUGUUUUUACGAUUCGUACAGUGCGGUUAAAGAUUCUGUCUGAAGCAGCUGCAGAGGGACGGUUAGUGCGAGGAGCCAAAAACCAGCUGCGAAUGUACCUGACGAUGGCCAUCGCUACAGCGCAGCCCGUGUUCAUGUACUGGCUGACCUUUCAUCUGGUCAGAUAAGAGCCACAGGUGUCGUUUCUACCGCAGCAGUCGCAAACGACUAGAGACUCGAGCCUAUUUGCACACACGUAAUAAACCAAUGGACACACAUUGUGCAGCCUCACAGCACAGCGUGAAUUACCUGAACUGUAAUUGCCCAGCGGUCUUUUCUAUGUCUUUGGUUUGUGCUUUUUUUUUUUUUUUUCCUUCUCUUUUUUU